CACUAUACCAUAAAAAACAUGUGCUACUUCCGGUUGCUAUUUUUCAAAUGGCUUCAAGCGCAGGAGACUGGUGUCUCAUAGAAAGUGAUCCAGGCGUGUUUACUGAAUUAAUAAGAGGAUUUGGCUGCAAAGGUGUUCAAGUGGAGGAAAUAUGGAGUUUAGAUCCUGACAGCUUUACAAACUUGAAACCAGUUCAUGGGUUAGUUUUUCUGUUUAAAUGGCAACCAGAGUCAGAACCACAAGGAACUAUAGUACAGGAUAGUAGACUAGAAAAAAUUUUCUUUGCCAAACAGGUUAUAAAUAAUGCAUGUGCAACACAAGCCAUUCUGAGUAUACUGCUGAAUUGUGAGCCAGAAGCUUUAGAACUUGGAGAAACAUUAACUGGUUUUAAAGAAUUUGUACAGAGUUUUGAACCUGGAUUAAGGGGUUUAACGCUGAGCAAUUCUGAUGUCAUUAGACAAGUCCACAAUAGUUUUUCAAGGCAACAGAUGUUUGAAUUUGAUGAGAAGCAAGCAAAGAAAGAUGAUGAUGUUUUCCACUUUGUAGGGUAUCUUCCAAUAGCAGGACGUUUAUAUGAAUUAGAUGGUCUCAAAGAUGGUCCUGUUGACUUAGGUGCUAUUCCUGCUGAUGCAGACUGGUUGAAUUUAGUGCGACCUGUUUUAGAAAAGAGAAUGCAGAAGUACAGUACAGAUGAAAUUCAUUUUAAUUUAAUGGCAGUUGUCUCAGAUAGGAAAACAUUGUAUGAAAAGAAGAUCUUAGAAUUAACGUCACUAAUGGAGGAUAGUGGUAUGGAAACAGAUAACCUCCAGACAGAAAUCAGUCAUUUACAUGAUCUUAUACAAGAGGAGGAAAAUAAAAUGAAAAGAUACAAAGUUGAAAAUGUCAGAAGAAAACAUAAUUAUCUUCCCUUUAUUAUGGAGUUAUUAAAAAUUUUAGCAGAACAAAAACAGCUGUUACCACUGGUAGAGAAGGCAAAGGAGAAAGCUUUGAAAAAGAAAGAAGAGAAGACGAAACAGUCAUAGGAGUUAACAGGAUCCUGUAUAAAUUGAUAUUAUUCUCACAGUUGUUGUGAUCUAUUUGAAAUAGUCAAUUUUAGGAUAAGGUUUACUCAGAAUUGAAUUAACUUCAGUUUUAUCUUGUCCAGUUAGAUUGACAAGUUAUAAGUUGAUAACUGUGGAAGACUAAAUUUUCUUUUUUAUGGGGAAGGAGGAAAACAUAAAAAAAAUCUUAGGAAAUAUAGAUUUCAGGAAAUGUAUCCUUCCUGGUAUAGAAAUAGAGCAAUGAAAUAUCCUUCCUGGUAAAAAAAUAGAGCAAUGAAAUAUGAAGGUUUACUGUGGUACUUCCUGUCUUUUUAAUACUAAAAAUACAACAACUUUGAAAUAAUUGUAUGCAAUGAAAUGCAGGACAAUACUUUCCAUUAAACAUCCCAAAAUGACAAGCUGCCAUGAUAGCAUUAUUUUGAGAGCAUGUCUUUGAAAUAUAGGUAUAAGCCAAGAUUUAACUCAAUAAAAUAUUUUGCUACAAGAUGUCAUAUGAAAAGAAGUUAAUGUAUGUAAAAUAUCUUUUUGUUUUGGCCUUGGUUUAUUUUUGAUUUGCCAAAAACGAUAUGUAAAAUGGCAGUUUUAGGUCAAAUACAUCAAUUUGCACUUAUUUAUGGUGUUACAGUGACAUCACAACUAACAUUUAGGUUCUAAAGUGUAGAGAAUAAUUCAUAACUAGCAUAGUUCUGUAAGGAUCAAAUAAUUUCACUAUUUUUGCAAAUUUAUCGACCAUAAAAUGGUUCUUGUACUUCCUCAUCUCUAUACUUCAUCUCAGCUAAAUUGUCUUUUUUUAAACUUUCACAUAUAUACCUGUACUACUUAUUGUUUUAUUUGUGUUCUCUUUAUUUAUUCAUUAUUCUAUCUCAAUUUCAUGAACUGGUAAGUUGUGUGAGGUCACAUUGAAGAAAACUCAUUGUAUUGUUACACACAUGUACCCGGUAUAUCAUUUUUAUCACGAGUAAAGUUUGUCAAGCAUCAGCUGAAACAUGCUUUACUAUGAUGAAUAUGAAUUAUAAUGGUGAUUGUUACAUUGUUACAUUUCACAAUUACUUGAUAUAUUUCAUUCCUUUCACUAUUUUAAAGGAUUGUUUGCUCUCAAAUGUUGUAUGCAAAGAUAGGACAUAGCUAAGUUUUAACAGUUGAUGAUCAAUAAGAUACAACUCAAAUUUCAUAUAGCUUUAGCUGCCUUGAGGUUAUAUUCUUUCAGAAUAAAACAUAAUGACUUAAUUGUGAAUAUGACUGUAUUUUUUGUUGUUGUUAUUUAUCUUAAUGUUAUGUACCAAAUAAAUCUACAUACUUUGA